AACCUAAUGAAAUACAUUGUCAACGUGUGUUAAAUAUACAUUAGCUAAAGGACAGAUGCACGAUGAGCUCAUGGGAAGAGGAUCCACGGAGGCUACAGGAGACACUGCAGCAGAUAGCAGUCAGAAUAAUUCAGAAGAACUGGAGAGGAUACAUGCACAGAGUGGUCUUCAAGUAUUUGAAAGAGCUUAUCAGCCGUUACAAACAGCAGGCUCCCCGAGCGAUCCUAAAAGCUGUCAAUCCCAGAGAGGCCGAGUUGCUGGAUGCUGCUUCUGGCGUGUUCAUAAGAUUUCGACUCGGAGGGAGUACCUUUCCUCCCAACAUAUAUUACAAGAUCUUCACGUACAGACCCAUUGCAGACCUGUGUGCCAACAGCCUGAAGGACUACACCCCACCAGGAUCAGGAUCGUUCCAGCGCAUGGACAACAACAGCUGGAGGCUCUUCUGUAGAAAGGCGGUUCCCAUGAAUGAGCCCAAAGAGAUCUGUGCGAACAAGGAAAUGAAGUUUCACUACUCCAGGUUGCAGCGGCAGCGAGACGUAGACAACCGGCAGAAGAAGAGGGGAAUUGAAUGGAAGAAGAAGAUGUAUGACCAGGGCCGCCAGCUGGAGCUUCGACAGAUGUUGGCGGCAAUACUAGUGGUGGAUUCCGGACAGGAAGCAAUGGGCGCCAUUGAAGAGAAGGGUCAAGAUGAGGUACUGGACCGGGAGGUGGAGGAGCUGACUGCCUGGAUCAAUACUCUCAACUUUGAUGAGUAUAUAGAGGAGUGGAAGUGUCUGGCUUGCAGUCACCCCUCUGAGCCACACCAUGGUGAACAUUUGAAACAACAGAAAUGACUCAUGGUUGGAUCCACAGGAGUCUGCUGCUGUGGCUGAUGAAGACAGAAUAAAAUAAUGCAUGUCAAA